AAUAUCUAAACUUCUCCUGGCAAUGGAAAAGGGCUCUCUUGAAAAAUUCAAAGGAAACUCUCUGGAGGAAAUUGAGAUUGAGGAUGAAUUGGAGCCAGAUGUGGAGCAGGGCAACUCUGAAAACUGUGAUGCUGAGGAAGACAAUGAGGAAUCGGAUCUUUUACUUCAGCAGAGUGAUGCUGCAGAACAAAAAAGCAGGCAACUGACUCCUGAGCAAGAUGCCCUGGAGCACAUAAAGACUCGCAAAGACAAACCCUUCCUAAAGGAAAGGCAUAUAGACCCCUUUAAAGGGAGAGGUGUGUUUACCCAUGAAGCCAUUGAAGCAUCCACCUUUGUUGUUGAGUACCAGGGGAAAAUCUUCUCUCUAAAAGAAACCAGUCAAAAGAAGUGUGGCGAUACUCUGAACAAUUAUUUGUUUGACUUCUCGUGGAAUGAAAAAAGCUGGCGCAUUGAUGCCGCAAACGAGGAUGGGACCCUUGGACGAUUCGUGAAUGACGAUCACACAAGUCCCAACUGUGAGAUGAAGAAAAUUGUCUUUGAGGGAAAACCACACUUGUGCCUAUUUGCGUUGACAGAAAUAUCUCCAGGCGAGGAGAUAACUUACAGCUACGGGGACUCAUCCUACCCGUGGCGUUCAGGGGAAAACAGUGCGGAACUGAAUGCAUCACAAAGAGACCUUAAUUCUGCUGCAUCUUCACCUGAGCAUGAAAGUGCUGACGAUGAAGACUUUGUACCUUCUACAAGCAACAACAACGGGCUGAGCUUUGAGCAACAACCCCUCAAUGCCUCAUGCAUCCAGGAGGAGGACGAGUCUGACUACAGCUCUGUUGAUUCUACCUCUGAUGAAGAGGUCAAAGACCCGUCCGUCACCAACAAAAACUACUGUUACGUUUGUGGGGUGGCUCAGUCUAAAAUUUCGCGGCACCUUUUAACCCAUAGAAAGGAUGAGCCUGAUAUAGCCGCGUUGUUGAAGUUGCGCGUGAACUCUAAAGAGCGGAAAGAGGUGCUGGAGAUGUUACGAAACAGGGGAAAUAACAUGCAUAACCAAAAGGUUUUGAAGACUCGCCGCGGAGAGCUGAAAGUGAAAAGAAGAAGCGCAAACCUGCACAUCACUGCGAAAACAUUUGCAUCCUGUCUAUAUUGUAAAAACAUGUACGUUCGCAGGGUAAUGUGGCGACACAUGCAGAGGUGUCCGGCAAAGACGAGCUACGAACCUAAAUCAGAGAAGAUUAAAGCCCUAACUUUGGUUGCUGCUGUAGAGUCAACAGACCCUCAAAACCUCUCACAAGAAGUGAGGACGAUGUUAAGCACGCUGAAGAAAGAUGAGAUUUCAUCAGAGGUCUGCAAUGAUCCCUUUUUACUGCAGCUGGCACAGAGUUUGUACCCCAGGAACAAAAGCAAAGCAUGCCGAUUGGAACACAUCAAACAGAAGCUGAGGCAAAUGGGACGGCUCCUGUUGACGUUAAAGGAGAAGUCGAUAUGUAGCUUUGCAGACGCCGUGAAACCCGAAAACAUCAGCAAACUUGUCGAAUCUGUGAAAGAGCUUGGUGGCUUCAACGAGGAGACAAAGUCCUAUGAGAGGCCAAGCUUCAUAAAGACUAUGGGGAGUUUGCUCAGGAAAAUUGGCUACAUCAACUUAGCCAGAGCUUUGAAAGGGGACGCCGGCAGCAAGGUGAUACAGGAAGCGGAUGCAUUUAUGAAGCUGUGCGCGAAAGAAUGGAACUAUACCCAUCCGAUAUUAUCAAAGGACAGCACGCCGACCGUGCCGUUCAUACACGAUGUUCAGCUUUUCUAUCAGUGCUUGGAGAAGACCGCGGCUUCUGCAGUAGAAAGCCUGACGUUGUACGAAAGCCCUCCGGUCUACACUGUGCUUCUCAGGGUGACCGUUGCGCAAUUGUCUGUCUUUAACAAAAACAUGGCCCAAGUCUCACAAGCAACGCUCAAGUCGUUCCAGGAGCGGGAAGAGGCUGAGCUCCACGAGGACGCUGCCAUUAGCCUGUUGCAGCCCGAGCAGAUCCUGUCUAAGACCACAGUGAGGAUCAAUGUCAUGAGCAACAGAGGCCAAAAAGUUUCCGUUACGUUGACCCCUAAACUGCUCGCUGCCAUAACACUGCUCGUGGACAAGAGAGUAGUAUGCGGCGUGCAGGAGAACAAUCCCUUCUUAUUCGGGAUCCCGGAUGGCCCGUGCACCAGCAACUACAAUGGACAGCAGUGCACCAUCACUUUUGCGGCUCGUUGCGGCGCAAAAAACAGGGCGAUCCUGCGGUCGGCGUUAUUCCACAAUCACGUCGCAAGAGUUUUCCAGAUUCUUGGCCUCAGGAGUGACGAGUUUAAUCAGCUAGCCAAGCUGUUGGGGCGGGACAUUCCAACCGACAGGGAAUAUUAUCAGACUCCAGAGGCGGCUAGCGACAUCGCAAAAAUCUCAGAGCUGCUGUUGGCGAUGGAGAGCGGAUCUCUUGACAGAUUCGAAGGGAAAUCUCUCGAGGAAAUGGAGAUCCCAGAUGAAUUGGAGCCGGAUGCAGAGCAGCACAACUCUGAAAACAGUGAGGCUGAAGAAGACGAUGAAGAAUCAGAAAGUACUCCUCUGAUGAACAGUUCUCUCUUUGCAAAAGAUUCCUCUUCGGUUACCAAAAGAAACGUCAGAAUUUCUUUCUCAGAGAAACGUCCCCGUGGCCGGAGAAAGAGGCAGGAGAGUGAAAACGAGGCAUCUGAGCUGAAUGGGGAUGAGAAAAAUGAAGAGGUGAACACAGAGAGGGACGACUUGUCAGAGGAAAUGCCUCUGAACUGCUCUGUCAACACACCUGAGGCAACGUUGUCUCGUGGCAACGAGGACACUACAAACAUUUCCUUCAGCGAUGGCGAUGACGACAUGAAUGUGGACUUUGACAUGGACAUGGACACAGAUGAGGACAAUGUCAGAAACGAGGAAAAUGAAGAAGAUGGUGACACAAGCGGCUCGGCAGCGACACCUUUGACACCAGAUGUGACGAAGCAGGACAACGACAGCAGUGAUACUAAGAAGAGGAAGGACGUCUCACCCAACAAUCGCCCCAGUGUUGCAGACCUCAAAGAGACCAUGGACAUUGACACAGUGAACAAUGUGGAGAAAGAAGAUCAAAAGAAACAAGAAAAGAAGAAUAAAUUAUCAGCGGCAAUGAGCAGAAUGAAAGAAGUGAAGAUAUUAAUCCACAAACUGGACAUUGAAAAGUUUAAGGCUCCAGUCCACAUUUCGCAGUUAUCGUCUGAGUGUAAGUCUGUCAGGUCGCCGGUGAAAGAUCAGUCCAUCCAAGACGACAACAACCAGUGUCGAACAUCCUCUACAUCCACAGAGGUCAAAGACAAGCCUAGCUACGCAAAGGCGACGCAGAUGAACUGCUCCCACUGCAGGAAGAGCAUGAUGAAGGGCCAAACGGCUUACCAAAAGAGGGGAUUCACAGACGUCUUCUGCUCCAAAAACUGCCUUUUCGGAAUGUUUCCCAUCAACAAACCAGUCACCAAGAUGUGCUAUCACUGUCUCAAGGCGAUAUCUCAGCCUCUGGACCUCGUCAUGGCUGCAGUAGACAUUAAGGGGACCAUGAAAGACUUUUGCAGUCCGACCUGUCUGCUAUCCUUUAAGUCCAGCACUGUGUACACUCAAACGCCACAACGGCUCUGCAGCAUGUGCAACAAACCCUGCACUACCACGUGCCAGUUGACUCUGAACGAGGCUGUCCACACAUUCUGCAGUGACUCCUGCUUGGGUGACUUCCGCAGGGACAACAUAGCCGUCUGCGAUCACUGCAGCUCCACCUUUUGCCACAAACCGCUGAAGCUGAAGCUGAAGGAGGAGGAGGCCAAAUCCAUCUGCAGUCAAACAUGUCUGGACGAUUUCAAAGAGAAUAUCAGGACGACCCACCAGUGCACCAUGUGCCAUACUUCUCUGCCGGUUUCAGACAUGUUCUAUCUUAAAAGCAGCGAGAACAUGGUGGAGCUCUUCUGCACCCGCACGUGUGUGACGUCAUACAUGCUGCGGCCCGAAGGUGUACAUGAUCUUCAAGCAGAGAGAGAAGGCCCAGAUCGGUCGAAGAAGAGAAAACCCCAACUAACAAUACAAAUAAUGACAACUGAGCAAGUGAAGAGGAGCACGGUCUCCGCCGCGAAGGGAAACGAUGCACCCGCACCAGCAGCCUCUGAAUCGGACGCCGUGCCGAAGCUCGUCGUAACGGAGUUGUGGGUCUUCUGCUGCAACUGUGGGAAGAGGAUGCAGAGAGGAGGGACCCUUUACCGGCCGAAGAGCACACUGGAGGUUUUCUGCUCGACGCAGUGCCUCUCAGAAAAGCAUCCCAACAUCGCAUCAGGCACCAAAAACUGCUACAACUGCUUGCAGGCGAUCCUGUGGCCUCACAGCAUGAUCCUGGCUCCGGUGGACGAUUCAGGAACUAUAAGGGAACUGUGCAGCGCCACCUGCCUCGCUUCCGUCAACUCCAAGAGGACCAUGGCUGCCCCAAAACCUCCACCUCCAGCUGCAGGACCUCGAUCAGAGUGCAUGAUGUGCGGCAAAUUUUGUAAUUGCAAAUUCAAUCUGUCCCUGGAUGGCUGCACGCAAAGAAUUUGCAGCGACGCCUGCUACUUCAAAUACCGAAGGAUCAACAACUUGCUGGUGUCCGCCUGUGACGUCUGCAGCUCCGUCGGCCCCGACAUGCGGUUCACGCUGAAGGUGGAGGACGGUAGCAAGACCAUCUGCAGCGAAGAAUGUCUGGUCAAGUUCAAAGAGAAAAUCCAGACUCCUCGGCUGUGCCCCAUGUGUCAGACGCCCCAUCAGUUGUCAGACAUGGUGGAACAUAAAAACAAUGAGGGCAAGUUGGACUUCUUCUGCAGCAACAGAUGCAUGCUGGUACACAACGCCCAGUCUUCCACUGUGUCAGAAAGGAACAGCCCAUCACCUGAAGGGAAUGACGUUAAAGAGGUGAAACCGUUGCCUGAAGAGAACGACGUUAAAGAAGUGAAGCCAUCACUACCAUAUUUGGACUGUAUAAAAGAAGAGCCUAUUGAUGAGGAGUACAACCAGAACCUCUCAUCCUCUCUUUCCACAAAAGACAUCAAAGAUGAGCCUAAGGCGGGAGAUGAUGUGGUGAAGGAGGAUUUGAAGAUCGGUUCGGUCUUCUCCAUGACAGGGGACUCGUCCACGUCUCCACCACCCGCUGUCGCCCGCCUGGAUUUUCUUGCGUCGUGCUCCGACUGCAAACGUUUCCUGAUGGACAGAGAGAGAGUUUACCAGAGGAAGGGCCACGCUGACAUCUUCUGCUCCACUCCAUGCCUUUUGAAAUUCUACCAAAUGAAACAAGUGAAGAAGACCUGCAACUUCUGCCUUCAAGGGAUCACACAGCCUCAGGACGUCAUCCAGGCCCCGGUGGACAACGAGGGGACGAUGAAGGAUUUCUGCAGCCAGACCUGCCUGUCCUCCUUCAACUACAAGAGAAUCGUAUCCACCAAAAUACCCCUCAUACCAGUCGCGUCACAGUCACAAUGCGGCAUGUGCAGCAGAUAUUGCAUUAGCAAACACGAGGUCAUACAGCAGGACGUCGUCCACAAGAUCUGCAGCGACCCCUGUUUUCUCCGCUUCUGCACCAUGAACAACUUCUCCAUCUGUGAGAACUGCCGCUCCUGCUGCAGCGCGCCUCUCAUGCUCAAGAUGGACGACGGCAGCAAAAAACUCUGCGAUGCAGAGUGUCUGGCCCAAUUCAAACAGAAAACUAAAACACCCCAGACGUGUGCCAUGUGCCGCGCCUCCCAUUUAAUGUCAGAUAUGUUUGAAAACAAAAACAGCGAGGACGCCGUAGAGCUCUUCUGCACCAGCAGCUGUGUGAUGGCAUCCAAGAUCCAGGCCAUCAAUGCAUCAGGUACUCCACUGGAUUGUGACCACUGUGGUAAGACUACAUUACCAGCCUGCCACCUCGCCAUGUCAGACGCCUCCAUCAGAAACUUUUGCACUCUUACCUGUGCCAUGUCUUUUAAGGAGAACCAGAAAAACAUGAACGCAUCCACUAACGCAGCAGGAGCAGCUGACCAAAGCCAAACUGAUUUCCUUAAAACACCUGAGAAGCUGCCAUGCGCCCAGUGUCGUCGCAUUAUAAAAACUACGCCCAAAGUCAUCCAGAAAAAGGGCAAGAUGAAUUUUGUGUGUAGCCUGGCCUGUUCUCAAGAGUUUAAAACGGCCAACAACAUCAUCGGCAAGUGUGAAUAUUGCCAGAAUGAAAGGAUCAUCAGAGACGUCAAGAAGGUCGACGGCAAAGACUGCUACUUCUGCAGCGACGGCUGCAAGAUGCUCUAUCGACACGAGCUGGAAAAGCAGUGGGGAAAACACUGUAGCUUGUGUGCUUACUGCUUCUCCAUCUCCAAGACGCUGGUGACCGCAAAGUAUGAAGGCAAGAACAAGCAGUUCUGCUCGGAAGACUGCAGCUCAAACUACAAUAUGGUCCUCUGCCGUGUUGCCAAGUGUGACACUUGCAGUCGCAAUGGUAAACUGAGGCAGAGUAUUCCCAUGGUGGGAGAGGUCAAACACUUCUGUGACCUGAGAUGUCUCCUGCAUUUCUGCAAUAAAAAGGUCCAGAUGGUCAACACACUCUCUUUACCUACUACCCCUUCAGGGACAGUUGAGUCCUACCCCGUCAUCGCUAAUGUCAUUUCGCUUGCUAGCGCUUUGGCUAGGCAGCCCAGUGACUCUACCAGCUCUACACAGCACGUCUCUGUCCCUGACAUACAAACAAAGGUUGUUGGACAUGCCAGUGUUCAAACAGUCCCCAGGGAGCUGAAGAACAAAUCCAUGCUCUGCACACCGUUGGUCCACAACAAAGGAGUCUCCUGUACGACACAGACUGUCGAUGCAGAGGCACAGACAGACACCUUUGUACCUAAAGUCAUAGUCCUGCCUGUCCCAGUGCCGAUCUAUGUUCCUCUGCCUAUGAACAUGUACAGCCAGUACACACCGACACCAGUGUGCCUGCCCCUACCGCUGCCUGUGCCCGUGUUUCUUCCUGACUCAACCGUGAAAUCAGCAAAGGAGGAGAUCCAGCCGGACCCGCUGGAGGGAGAGCUCAACCUCAAGUUUGAGAUGAAGAACGUGCAAGAUGAGGGGAACGAGAGAGAGGACAGAAAAGGACAAAGACAACAAAUCCACGCUCCAUCGGACCACAGCAGUAAUUGUAGUGAUGACAUGGAUUCAGAUCAUCAGGCCACUUUCAACACCCAGGAAGAAUCCUCAUCUGACACAAGAUGUGGGUCGCUCAGUCGACCACACACCCACAAAAAAACACCUCGAGCUCCUCCUUCUCCACCUUCUUCUCCUUCUCCUCCUCUGGAGAUGAGAGGGGAUCCCCAGAGCUCACGUGGCCCUGAACCGGCCCCUCUGCCAUCACAACAAACUCUGGGGAAAGUCCGCAACAAGAACAAGCGUCGUAAACUGCAACAGUCAUCCAGAGCAGCUUCAGAGGAGACAAGUCAAAGAGAAGAGGUCAAGUCCAGGAAGCACCGCAAACUGAAGAGUCAAUGUGGAAUUGACGCCUGGAAGAGAUGGAUUCAGUGGAGGGAAACACAAACCAACUUUUCUUCUCACGCUCUGACAUUAAAUGAGGAUGUUCUGCGCUGCUCUGCGACCGAGCUGAGCCACAGCCUUCGUUGUUUCAUCACUGAAGCAAAGCGACCUGAUGGAGAGCAGUACUCCCCCGACAGCCUGUUCUACCUCUGUCUCAGCAUCCAGCAGUACCUGUUUGAUAACGGCCGUCUGGAGAACAUCUUCAGUGAUCUGACCUACAAGAAGUUCUCCAAAAAGUUCACAAAGAUCCUGAAGAGUUUCAAACCCUCGUUGGCAGCCGACGGUUAUAUCCACUCCCGUGUGAAGGAGGACCAUCUGUGGGACUGCAGACAGCUGGGGGCGUACUCCCCCAUCGUCCUCCUCAACACUUUGCUCUUCUUCUGCUGCAAGUACUUUGGCUUCACCACGGUGGAGCAGCACCGCCAGCUGUCCUUCGCUGUCCUUGUUGUAAAGCGCUGCACCAAAACCAACCCAAACAACACCAAGACCACCUUCCUGCGCUUCUACCCGCCAACAUCCAUACAUGAAGCAGAGACAGACGGAGUUCCUGCUAAGAAACGUAAGAGCAACAAGAGGAAAGAGGAUUUCCUGGAGAUGACGGAGAACACAGAGAACCCUCUCCGCUGUCCGGUCAGACUCUACGAGUUCUACCUCUCCAAGUGCUCGGAGUCGGUGAGGCAGCACACUGGCUUGUUCUACCUUGACCCGGAUUGCCGUUGUGUUCCCAACAGCCCCCUGUGGUUCUCCUCUGACCCUCUGGACAACGGCACAAUGGAGGCCAUGCUCGUACGCAUUCUGGCCGUCCGAGAGCUGCAGGGGCGAGAUUGAGGAGCUGUGGACCGGCGGACAUCAAGUGAGAAAUGAUGUCUCUCAAACUCAAACCUACAAAAAAAGUAUUGUUUAAUCAAGUCAUUUUCAGGUUUAGUUAAGAACAGAAGUUUAAAUGUUUUACCUACUUCUGGAAGCUCACAUCGAUGUUUUGGGAUUCAAUUAAUCUCUGUUGCUCAGAUUAAGUAAACUUCACAACCAGCCCUUUUUCAUAAACCAUUUCAAACGUUCUAAGGGCCAAGUUUUACAAGACAGACUUUGACUUCCUGGCUCACAUCAAACUAGUAUUCAGACUUUUGAUAGACGUCUAAAGUUAUAUGUUGCACAAAGCUGCCUAGUUCUUAAACGGCCCAAAUUUGCCAUAAAUUCUGUUUAAAUUAAAACAG